AAAUUAAGGUGCGGCUAGCUGCUUGGAGUCUAUUCUCUUGACUAAGAAGAAAUGGGAAACAAAAGUCCAACCGUUACUGUAAGUAUGACUUGUGAGAUUUGUUCAGAGUAUUACACUGACCCCCUCAUGCUUCCCUGUCUUCACUCAUUCUGUAAGAAGUGUCUAAUAAAAGCUAAAGAGAAGCAAGGUAGUGCUGAUACCUCAUUAAAGUGUCCAACGUGUGACACUAGCGUUAAUUUACCUGAUGGUAAAAUUGAAGGCCUCACUCAAAACCUUUGGUUUGAACAUAAAUCAAGAGAGGCUUCGAUCAAAAAGAAAAUUGAUAGCAAAGAAGCAAUAUCGUGUGAUAAAUGUAGCGUUGAUGAUUCCAGUGAUGCAGCUGUAGUGUAUUGCUGUGAUUGUGGCCUGUUCCUGUGUGAGCAUUGUAAAAAAAGUCAUAAACGAAGCAAGAAAAAAGCCGAUCACAAGCUAAUCGGUCUAGAAACAAAGGAAUCUGUAGAAUUGCCUGCUAUUAAGCAUGAGGCAGUUUACUGUGCACGACAUUUAGACCAAAAGCUGACGUACUAUUGCAAGGAUUGCAAUAAAUUGGUUUGUCAAAUUUGUCUUAACGUAAAGCAUAAAAGUCACAAUUACAAUGAUUACCUUGAUGAAGGUGACACAGCACGUAAAGCAUUAAAGGAAAGUGUUGCUAGUUGUGAUGGAAAAUCAGCUGAAUCAUGUCAGCCACACUGUUUAAUGACGUCAUAA